GAAUAUUUGGAUUGUUACAGAUCAUUGCUUUUGUCGAACUCGUAAGAAGUCAUCUUGCGUCCAAUCAGUUUCAAGUUCUGUUUAAAGGCUUUAUUUUUAUUGCCUUCAUUCUGAUGUUUUCAGCAUUAGUCUUAUUAACAUUGGGUGGAUACAUUGCUCCAUGGACUGGUCGGUUUUAUUCAUUAUGGGACACUGGAUAUGCAAAGAAAUAUAUUCCUAUAAUUGCAUCUGUUUCAGAACAUCAACCAACAGCAUGGCCUUCCUUUUUCUUUGAUCUUGAAAUGUUAAUUUUCCUUUUCCCCGCUGGAAUAUACCUUUGUUUCAAAGAAUUACGUGACGAACAUGUUUUUGUCAUUUUAUAUGGCAUCACUGCAUCUUAUUUUGCUGGGGUCAUGGUUCGUUUAAUGUUAACUCUGACUCCAAUUGUUUGUGUUUCUUCUGCUAUUACAGUCUCUCGAUUAUUGGAUACUUAUCUUGACCUUAGCGUUGUGGAUCCAGAACCUUCUGAACCAACACCUGUUGUAGAGAGUAAACCUAAAGAUAAGCAUAAAAAAGUUGGUGAUAGUUCUC